CGGUCACGGUCAACACUACCAAAGGAGGUCAGUCUUCAAUAACCAACAGAUUCUUCAAUUCAAAAGAAAAAUUAUAAUAAACGUUAUGAAUUAUUGGAUUUUGUGUUGUGUACUUUUAGCCGCAAUUGUAUGUGCGGCGACGCAAAAUUAUUAUUACGUAAAGAAAUGCCAUAAAGAUGAUGAAAAUGUGAACAAUUGCCUCAGGCAAUCAACAAACUUCCUUAUUGCGAAUAUUAGAAGAGGGAUUCCCGACUUGGAUAUUUAUGAUCCAGAACCAAUCCUUAUUGACCAUAUACAGUUAGCUCUAGGAACUGGUCCAGAUGGAUAUAGAGCUACAUUUAGAGAUAUAGAAGCAUAUGGUGUCAGUAAUAUUACCGUUACAGGAGUCAGAUCUGAUAUAAAUACUCAUCAAUACCAAUUUACAAUGUACAUACCAAAGAUAACUGCCAAAGCACGAUAUGAAUCUAGUGGAGUUUUAAUAUUAGUACAAGCAUCAGGAGGAGGAAACUAUUGGGGUGAAUACGAGGGAGUUAAAAUUAAGGCUUACCUUAGAGGAGCUCCAAAAGAAAUAAAUGGAAGAACUUACCUGACAGUUCAGCAAAUGAAAAUGGAUUUUAGCGUUAGAGAUAUCAAAAUGGGUGUAGAUGGAAUCCAUAAUGGAAAUACAGUAUUACAGGCUGCUCUAAACUUAUUCAUCAACUCAAAUUCUCAGGAACUUUUAAAAGAGAUGAAACCACAUUUAAAGAAAAAACUUCUGAUACUUAUGAGGAAUUUUGCUGACAAAAUAUUCUCACAAGUACCUUACGAUAUUUUCUUAGUUUAAUUUUAGAUUUAAUUUUUAAUAGGUAAAUACAUAAGUCUUGUGAUUAUUUAUUAUUUAGGUUUUUAAAAAAAAAAUUAUACGUACAUACCAU